UCUCACCAUUUGCCCUUUUGCAAGGUUUUCAACUCCCCCUGCUCUGCUCCAUUUGCUGAAGCUAGCUCUGGCUUGGCCUCUGCCGCAAGAAUGUGUAGGGUGCCUGAACGAGCAAAGCUGCAUAUUGCCAUGACAGUUUUUCAGCUUGGUUAUGCCGUGAAUCAUGUGAUUAUGAGAGUUGCUCUUAAUAUGGGUGUAAGCAAGCUAGUUUUCCCCUUUUAUAGGAACAUCUUAGCCCUGCUUGCCCUAGCUCCAUCUGCAUAUUUCCUAGAAAAGAAAAAAAGACCAGCUCUGACCAUUUCUUUUCUGAUACAAUUCUUCCUGCUUGGAUUCAUAGGAAUAACAUUGAAUCAAGGAUUUUACAUAUUUGGUUUAGACAACACAUCGCCUACAUUAGCUUCUGCUACGGAGAAUUCUGUCCCAGCUGUGACUUUUAUCAUGGCUGCCAUACUUAGGAUGGAACAAGUGCAUUUGAACCGUAAAGAUGGAAUAGCUAAGGUGCUUGGGACUCUUGCUUCCGUCGCUGGAGCUUUAGUCAUAACCCUCUACAAGGGCCCAGCUGUUUAUAGUCCAAAUUCACAUUCAAAUAAGUCAGAUAUUUUCUCAUUUGGAGAUGCUAAGGAGAAGAACUGGACAGUUGGUUGCAUCUGUCUUAUUGGGCAUUCCCUUUGUUGGUCAAGCUGGAUCGUUUUACAGGCACCGGUCCUGAAGAAAUACCCAGCUCGGCUCUCAUUCGUUUCAUACUCUUGCUUUUUUGCUGUUAUGCAAUUUGGGGCAAUUGCAGCAUGCUUUGAAAGAGACUCCAGAUCUUGGCAGGUUCACUCUGGCGGUGAAGUGUUCACUAUUUUGUAUGCGGGCCUGAUAGCUUCAGCAAUGGUGUUUGCAAUACAGAUAUAUGUUGUUGAUAGAGGCGGUCCUUUGUUUGUCUCAAUGUAUCUUCCUCUGCAAACCUUACUUGCCGCUGUAACGGCCACUGUUACUUUGGGUGAAGAAUUCUACUUGGGAGGGAUUCUUGGAGCAGCAUUGAUUAUAGCUGGAAUGUAUCUGGUUAUCCUAGGAAAGAGUCAGGAGAGCAAGUUUCUGUCAGAAAUGGAUCCCAUUUUCUCGUUGUCUGAGAAGAAUCAAGUAGAAGAUCCAGUCGAAUCCUCCCUCAUCCAGCCCUUGCUUCCUGCCCCAGGGAAAUAAGUUGCCGAGCUCAGGCCCAUGAACACCUUCAGCUCCUCCAUUCCAAAACUAGUAAUCAGGAUCAAGUGAAGCAGCUACUACUCAAGGGACAAAACCAAAUGCAAAGAUUGGAGAGAAACACACAUCAAUCAUGGAGUUUGAAUUGUUAUGAUCAUCAUUCAUCAGAGAUGACAUAUGAAGAUGCCUUUCAAUGGAAUUAAUUUAUUAAUGUUAACAGAAACCCGUAAGACGCCUUCUGUGAGCUGCAAUAGGCAAAAGCAAUUUUUUUUUAAUAAUAUUAGUGAAUUUAUUAUUAUAUUAAUAUUGUGGAGCACAUUUAGAUGUUGAAUUUAUUAUUAUUGGAUAUGAAAUAAUUUUAUUACAUUAGUGUUGUUCAUGAGACUGACUUACUGCACAA